AUUCCGGGAGCGGUCGAAUAUGAGGGCCAGGGAGCUGGUCAGUAAAUUUUCCGUAGCACACCCCGCAACACGCUGCCUUGUGGGCAGGGCUUAGUUGUGUAAAUUGCAAACUUUAAAGACAAACAUCCCUUAAGUGUCAAACCGGAGCAGUGCGAACAGUUAAAUGCCUGAGGACUGUGAUACGCGCGCGUGAUGGGAAGGUCUCUUGAACUUUAAAGUGAUCUGAAAUCCGCAACAGCCAAGCACCACGAUGCCUGGCACACUGGCCGCGUCGAGCCUGCAGGAGCUCUGCCUGCGCCGCUUCUGCCUGCACCUCUCCGAAGUGGCCAUCAGCGGCCUGAGCGCCGAGCGAGCCCGGCAGGGUGCGGCCGAGGCGCGCUCGCACCUCGUGCAGAACGCGCCGCCCUGCUUCUUCGAGGAGAUGGCGCACGCAACCCUGGCGCUGGUCAACAAACACUUCUACAACCCCAAACACAAGCCGCACCGACCGGCGAUGGCCGAGGUGGCCGGCUGGCUGCUGGGGGAGCACAUACGCCACCUCAGUCUGGACCAGUGCCGCAUGCUGUGCGACCGGCUGGCGGUGCCGCUCGUGUUCGAGAGUCUGGCCCGCAUGCCCCGGCUCGAGGCGCUCGCCAUCGGCCGGCUCAACUUCUGGAAGAUUCCCGAGCUGAGCACGCUGGCGGACAGACUGACAGGCCUACCAAACCUGACCACGCUUCGUCUGGAGUACAUCUGCCUGCCGGCCAUGCUGCAGGGGCUGGCUGAGAAGUGUCCCCGUCUGCUGGAGCUCAGCCUCAAGGACUCGGAGAAGAUCUCUAACGCGGAGGUGCCCGAGAUCGUGCGCUGUCUGCAGCUGCACGUGCUCAACAUCAGCGGCACCUCCAUCACAGGCUCCGGCUCCUGGGACAUCCUGAACGCGCUGCCUCUGCUCACCUCGUUCGAGCACUGCCCGUUCAACUGCAACUCGGGCCCGUUCCUGUUCGACUCGCGCGAGGCGAUGCUGUCCUACAUCUGGGACGUGCUCAGUCCGGAGGGGCGCGCCCUCAGCGCUGGCCUGCCCAGCGUCACCGGCCAGAUGGCGCUGCCGGCGCGCCGCGCCCGCCAGCCGCCAGGGGCCGGCCCGGCGGCUGAGGCUGCCACAGGCAGGUCGGAGGAGGCGGCCCUGGUGGAGGCUGCGGAGGUGCCCGCCGGGGCUGGAGCGGCCGCUGCGGAGUCUGCGGAGGGGCCCGCAGAGGCGGGCGCAGGGCACCCAGCGGAGACGGUGCCGGCGGAGGCUGCUGAUGGGGCGUUAGGAGAGGCCAGUGUGGGAGUCACCGCGCGGGAGGACACCUCGGCUGACGGGCGGGCGGCUGGCGCUGUGGGGCGGUCCGCACCGGGUCCCGGCGGCUCGGAUCCCAGCUCCGACACACAAACGCCGCGCGUACUGGGCAUCGAGAACUUCUGGCUCUUCAACCCGAAGACGGAGGAGGUGGCGCUGGCGCGCCUGUGCCCGGCCGUGCGCCGACUCCGGCUCGACUUUGUCUUCCAGGACAUCGGCCAAACACCGGACCUGGGCGGGCUGUCGCAGUUCCAGCACGUGACGCACCUCGAGAUCAACAGUUUCGACGCGCCGCGCUUCUCGGUCGUGUCGGAGGUGCUGCGCCACCUGGGUGGUCGGCUGACGGAGCUGGCGCUGCACGUGUGCGACGACUACACGGCCACGGCCGCGCUCGAGAACGCCGUGGCGCGCUGGUGUCCCGGUCUCGAGCGGUACGCCUUCACCGGAGACUACUCGGCGGCCGAGCUGCGCGUGCUGCGUCUCGAUGGUGAGCUGCGCCACCUGGACGACGCCGGCUUUCGUGAGCUGCUCGCUGUGAACGCGCUGCCGCGCCUCGAGGAGUUCUGGGUGAACGUUUCAUCCGGCCUGACGCUGGAGGCCGUGCUGCCGCUGUUGUUCGACCCGACAUGUUGCUUGCGGCGGCUGGGUCGGCUCAGCAGCCUGCAGGGCCUCGAUCGGCAGAGGUUCCUCGAGCUGCGCAGCCAGGCGCGCGCGCUCAACCUCGAUGUGGACCUGGUGUGGGUCACGCCGGGUGUGUGA